AUGGCUGAUACGAGUAAGAUAUCCGUUGAGCUACGCGCUUGUUUGGCUGCUGGGGUGCGCGCAGGUGGUCUUGAGGCAUCUCUCUCUGCAGCUCGGUUGCAUGAUGGCUUUCCCUUAAGCUUGAAGGCAUCCAAAGCGCAAGCCGACUUUCUGCUUUGGGUCACUGAUACAGUGGACACUUUUGGUCUUGGAAAGGUGCAGUAUGAUGAUGUCGAAGCUGCGGAAUUCUUCAAUUAA